UGUGUGGGUGGGGCCUGCUGCCUGAUUAAAUGGAGCAGUGGUGAUGAAGGCGAGCAGAGCUCCGACUGUGAGACAAACUGAAGGAUGGCGAUGCUGCUGCAGCCUCUGUGGACCUUCGUGCUGGGACACGCCCCCCUCCUGCGCUCGCCCUUCUUCCCCGUGCUCUUCUCGCUCUGCGUCUACCUGUCCUUCUGCCUGCCCUUCCUGCUGCUGGACGCGCUGUCCACCAGGUGGGCGUGGGUGCUCAGGUACAAGCUGCAGCCUCAGAGCUCCGUCAGCUGGUCGUCGGUGCGGCGCUGCCUGGCUCUGACGCUCUACAACCACCUGGUCUUCAUCUUCCCGCUCACCGUGCUGCACUGGUACCUGAGGCCGGUGCACCUGACCGAGGAGGCCCCGCCCCUUCCGCGCCUGCUGGCUCAGGUGCUCGUGUGCCUGCUGCUCUUUGACUUCCAGAGCUUCGCCUGGCACCUGCUGCACCACCGAGUGCCCUGGCUCUACCGCACCUUCCACAAGGUGCACCACACCUACACCUCCACCUCCGCCCUCACCGCCGAGUACUCGGGCACCUGGGAGACCCUCAGCCUGGGCCUGUUCGCUGCCGCCAACCCCCUCCUGCUGGGCUGCCACCCGCUCACCGAGCUCACCUUCUUCGUGGUCAACAUCUGGCUGUCGGUGGAGGAUCACUGCGGCUACGACCUGCCGUGGGCCACGCACCGCCUGGUGCCGCUGGGGCUGUACGGCGGGGCGCGCCACCACGACCUUCACCACCUCAAGUCCAAGUGCAACUUUGCGCCGUACUUCACCCACUGGGACCGCCUGGCCGGGACGCUGCAGACGCAGGACUGAGCCGCCGUGAUGGCGAGGAGCUGAUGUAGAGACAUUUUCUAUUUAUUUAUUUCUUCCUGUUUUUAUUUAUUAUGCCACUUCUGAGCCCACCAAUCACAGCGGGCUCUCCUCGACUCGCUGCUCCUCUCUGACGUAGAGACGGAGCAGUCGGAGCCACGAGAGCGCCGUGAGCCGUCGACGGCGUGAGCACGUUAACUGAUACCGGACAGAUGUGCCGAUGAGGCAGCUGGCUGCGAGUGCGGGACAGACGAAAGUGAAACGAGGGACAGAGAUAAGCUGGCGAGGAAGACGAGGAGUCGCGCCGCCGCUGAAGGAGAAGCGCGGCGUCAGAGGGAAACUGGAAAGUUUGAUUCUGAACUGGGAAGUGAAAGUUUGAGCACUGAAGACAAAAUGAAGCUAAAAUAAAGUUUGUGAAGAGAAGCA